GCUGCUGAGAUCUAACGGCGGGGGCCUCAGACGCUGGCUGCCUGUCUGUCUGUCAGCUAGCUAGCUGUAGCAGGAGCCAGUUCUAGCAGCUGUCAAGCCCCCACCUCUCCCUGAAACGUGCUGGGGUUGCGGUUCAGAGUCCAUGUUUUUAGCUCGCUCCUUGUUCAAGAUGUCAAGUCACAAUCCUUUGUUGAGGCUGGAGCAGCGAGCGUCCGAGGCUGACCAGAUUAUCGAGUACCUCAAACAACAAGUCCAGCUGCUGAAGGAGAAAGCCAUCGUCCAGGCCAGUGUCAGGGAAGAGAAGAAGCUGAUGGUGGAGAAUGCCAAACUGAAGAAUGACAUCGAGGAACUGAAAAAACAGCUGCUGGAAAAAGAGAAGAAGAGGGGAGUGCGGGCAGUGGCCAUGCCAUCGACUGACAACAGCGUUGAGUGCAUUUCGAAGCCCACCCCUCCAGCACCCUCUGCUUCCCCUGCUGCUGCCGUCCAGAGCUCCCCUCCCAAAGAUGAGAGUAAAAAGAAGCCGGAGAAAAAAGGAGGGGAGAAAGCUGAGAAGAAGCCCGCAGCCCCCAGCCAAGAAGACGCCAAGGUGGACGUGUCUCGUCUGGACCUGCGUGUUGGACGUAUAAUCACAGCCGAGAAGCACCCUGAUGCCGACAGUCUAUAUGUGGAGCAGGUGGAUGUGGGAGAGGCUUCUCCUAGGACAGUGGUCAGCGGGCUGGUCAAACACAUACCUCUGGACCAGAUGCAGAACCGCAUGGCGGUCCUGAUGUGUAACUUGAAGCCAGCCAAGAUGAGAGGAGUGGUGUCCCAGGCUAUGGUCAUGUGUGCCAGCUCACCAGACGAGGUCGAGAUUCUCGAUCCUCCAAGUGGAGCAGCACCAGGGGACAGAGUUACUUUCCAGGGCUUCCCAGGUGAACCAGACAAAGAGCUGAACCCCAAGAAGAAGGUGUGGGAGCAGGUUCAGCCAGACCUACGCACGGACGGCCAGUGUGUCGCAACCUACAAGGGAGCUGCCUUUGAAGUUGCCGGCAAGGGAGUCUGCAAAGCCCAAACCAUGAGCAACAGUGGAAUCAAAUGAAAUAACAGAGCUGCUUGAAAUAGCUCAGUGUUUACUUGGCAAUCAUCUGCAGUGAUGAAAAUGAGAUGUAGUUGAGAAAACGGAAGGGAAAGGAAUGGAAGUUAAUGCUUUGAAGAUGUUCAAUAAAGGGAUUUGAAAAGUAUACAUACUUUUAAUGUCUGUCAUAAGAAUCUGUCCCAUGACAAUCAGGGUUUUUUUGUUUUUUUUUCACCGCUAAAAUAUACAUGGCAAAGUGAAGUUAUUCAAUACAACUGUGUUUCUGCUUGAAUUCAUCAACUUUGUCCUUUCUCCGGAGGCACAUUAGCUCAAUUGUGCUUUGGUUUUGAGGUUAUGAGUCUAAAAGACAUCAGUUUUGGACUUGAGCGAGCAUCAUUGGUUUCCACUUUGUCUAGUCCCGGGCAUUUUAAUGAGCAGGAGAUGAAACAGGGAUGUUGUACUACAAAGCCCAACAAAAACAGAUCGGGUUCUCCAGCUCUUUGCUCUUUAUUUAGAUGGUGCUCAGUCCCAGUUCUCCAGUCUUCUGGCCCACUGUCGGGACCUCAGUCCCAGCUCUGUGAUGCCAGUGCCAUGUGCUUUAUUUUAUUGUCCUCUUGAAAGAAAAAGUCUACCCACCUCCGGAUGUAUCGAACUACACCGAAGAAACAGACAGAAAGCUGUGCACCAGAGGCUCUAAUGUUACAUCUGCAGUGAUUAAGGCCAUCCACUCUACAAAAACAACUGUCAUGGGUCAAAUCCGACCAUCGCACAGAACUUCUGCUUACUGUUUGAGUCCUCUUCUUCAACAAAUUUAGUGUAUUCUCUCUUUUUUAAUUCCCUGGAGAGAUAGUCACCUGUGCUGAGAUAACUACUCCACCAAUAGACCUCAGAUGGAGGAAAUGUAAAUGAUAUAAAUAUCAGUUUUCAUCUCUAAUAUUAUGAACCAAAUGCAGAAAUGAGUCAAUCCAUAGAGCUAAUUUUGUUUUGGUAUCUGGCCCCUACCACACUACACACAGGAUGACAAUUCUUUAAACUUUUCUGCUUAUAAAGGGAUCCAGUAUCAGAAGACAUUAAUCUCCUUCACUGCAGUUAGUGCAUCUUAACAUCUGCAAGUCUAAACUGCUGCUGCUGUUACUUUUGUUGCCAAUAGAUGGUGCAGUGUAGAUUUGAACUGCAGUCGUGAAACUGCUGCUAACGCCACUCUGCAAAAAGAGUGUCUGGGACGGGCCUGGUUUUCUAUCGCAGCACACGGAUAGUCUCCCAACAAGUGCUUUAACACCCACCUGAUUGUCAGUCAAACGGUGUCCUAUGGGGGUUUGUAUGGUUUUAAAUUACUUAAUCUGUCCCUUUUCAGGACACUUAUGCGCCUCGAGUAUAAAAUAACAAUAACAGGUGAACCUCUCAUUUUGGUUUCGAUGACAUAUACAGCUCUAGUAAUUAAGUGACCUCUGCAAAAGCCAAAGCCUCUUCUCACCUAAACCAGACUUCUUCCUGGGUUUUCUGUGACCACGAGUGUUGCAACCUGAGCGAAAACUCACUCCAGGAUAUUUUGAGUCAGACGGUUGGAGACCAUUCGUUUCCUAAUGGAAUUUUCAGCUGCAUCUGGUGUACACUGUGAAGCCAUUGUGAAGCCAUCCAAACAUAUCGCACUAUAGAUUAUCCGAGUUUUCCUGAUCAGUACAUUUAUAUUUCUUUAUUAGGAUCUAGCUUCUUAAGUGGACACUUUCGUCUAGAGUUAGUAAUGUGAGCCAGUUUUUGGGGCCAUUACUGAUUUCACAGGUUGCCUGUGCUCUGUGGUGUUUGGUUUACAUAGUCAAAAGCUAAAGAAGACCUGUUGUUGCUGCUUUAUUAAUUCCCCCUAACUCAUUAUCCUCCAGGUUAAUAUGUCUUCAAAAUGACCUCAGCAAAGAAAAAAAUUCCUCUAAGCAGGCCUUUAUGGAGGCGGACACAUAGAAAUGUGACAAGGAAUAGAAAAGUUUUGGAUAAACCCAAACAACUAUUUUCACCCAUCUGAAGACAGGAUUCUGGGAAUUGGUAACUAUGACAAGCAGGCAAUUUCAAUAUUAUGUUUCUCUAAAUAUUGGGUUUAAAGUUCCACAAAGAGGAACCCAACAACCAGAACAUCAUGAAACAGAAAGGGCCACAUGGAAUAUAUUUCUCAUUUCUGAAGCCAAGAAGUCAGUUUAUGACUAGGCGUCAAAGUCCACCUAUGACAGGACUUUAUGAAGAAUUUGGAAACCUCUGGGAUACAAGCCGUGAGUCAUAUUGGUCAGCAUGAUUUGCAUUUUGAUACUGCAAGAUCUGGUUUAAUAUUAAUCAAGACAUUGUGUUUUUUUUGAUUACUUCAAGAUCCUUUGGAUGUGUGCAGGGAUCUGUCAAAUUGAUAAAUGUGUUAUUGUUUUAUUAUAUUCUCCCCAACCUUGUUUUCAAAAAUGAUCUAUUAGCUGUGUUUAUUUAGCAAUAAAAUC